GGCUACGGCGGCAUGGACAAGCCGGCGGAGACAACAAACACAGCGCGAUAUGCGCGGACGUGAGAACGUGAGCAAGGCGAUCGUGACAGAACACCAGAACACCACUGGUGAGGCAUCCGACGCUGCACGUCUCAUUGAGACGCGAUGUGGUCGUAGUGGUACCGCUUGGGCCAGGUUCAGCCAGAGCAACUGGCCCGUAGGAUGUUGGCUACCCAGGCAUACUGGCCAAGUGUUUGACUCGCAGGGGCGCAUUUCUCGUACUCUACCGAGAGCGUUUUCUCGCAUUCGCAUUCGUCUCGGUCGGCUACACGCCAUUGUUCGCGAGCUUCAAAUAUGCGACUGCCAUCGCCGCGGUCAAGCAAUCCAUCGUCGACCUCAUUCUAAAGAUGCGCCAGGUUCUUCGUCGACCUCGAGUACCAACCAAGUCAUGAAGGACCAUAUCAGUACUCCUGACCUCCCAUGUUCGCUAUCAUCUCGCAACCGACUGGCUUGCCCGCUUGAUUGUCUCUCACCAUCCGUGUCAAUUAGCGACUACUCUUGUGACGCGCCACCUAGAGUACAUUCGUACUUACGAAUGUUGGGCGCUCGAGAUAUGGUACUCGGCGCUUAUGCGGCAUGCAGCGAUUUUUUGGGCAUUUUCUCCGAUUUUACCGCAUUUUUGAGAGGUCCGAUCCGUCAUGCGGCCAUAAAGCACCCCUACAGGUAGGUCCUAUCCUGAUGCGGACAUAACAGGGGUCAAAAUCGUGCGGACAUAAGGGCCCAAAAUCCGGGGUUUUCGGAUCGGACCUAUAAGCGCCUUGCCCGGGGUCCU